GUCUAGCUACACGUACACGAGAGUGGAGUUGAAGCCGUCGGUAAUUUUCGUGACGCUUUUUCGGUAUUUGACAAAAUUUUUCAAAAAAGAGGCACCACUGAAGCCAAUUAGCUUGCCAAUUAGCCAACGCCCCUCUAAUAAUUCGUGGCCCGUUCCAGCAAUACUGUUUUACGGCAACAAAAUUUACAAAAGAACUAAAUUUUAAUUUUUGAAAAAAGUGUAUGUAAACGAAUACAACGUUGUCUUUGAGGAAAAACGUUAUAUUCGAAUUGUGUUAGUGCAAAGGAUUCAGUUGAGAAUCAACUCCAUAACAAAAUAUAAAAAGAUGCAGCAGCGUGCGCUAAUUUCUCUGGCCCUGGUGCUGAUAUCUUGCAGCGUAUCAUACGCCUGCCAUGGAAAGUUAAUCGCAACGGGCAUUACGGAGGAAGAGCGCUCCAUCAUUCUGCAGGAGCACAACCGUCUCCGACAAAUUGUGGCAACCGGACGCUAUCCAGGACAACCGGGCGCCGAGAACAUGCGUGAAAUCAUAUGGGAUGACGAGUUGGCGGCACGCGCUCAGCAAUGGGCCGAUAAUUGUCAAUUUCGGCACGAUCCGCAUCGAACAAUAAAUCGUUUCACAAUGGGCCAGAACUUGGCCAUCAUUUGGAGCACUGCUCCAUUGGAGGCGGACGACGGCGACUUCCCAUCGCGCAUACAAAGCUGGUUCAACGAGGUGCAGAAAUACUCAUUUGGGGAUGCCUGGUCUCCCAAGACCGGCCACUACUCCCAACUGGUUUGGGGCGAAACGAGCCUCGUGGGUUGUGGCUUCUCCGAAUACAAAGAUGCCUCCAAGUACAACAAGCUCUACGUCUGCAACUAUGGACCUGGUGGCAACGUUGUCGGCUACAAUCCCUACGAGGUGGGCAAGCCCUCCUGCUCGACUUAUGGCAUGAAGCCCUCUGCCCGCUAUCAGGGUCUCUGCGCAGCGCCAGGAGCGUCGGUGAACAGCGUCUUCGGCAGCAAUACCAUUGAAACGUAUGAGUACAGCUACAACGCAGCCCUAAGCAGCAAGAGCAACAAGAACAAUAAUAACAACAAAGCGACUAACAACAUUAACAAGAGCCUCAUACAGAGCUACAUCAACCAGAAAAACAAUAACCCAUCCUCACCAUCUAAACACUCCUCCCCCACAUACCCCCAACAGGCAUCGUCGACGCCGUCCACGGGUGGCAGCUCGUUUGGCACUGCGUCGCGUGGUGGCAGCCACGCCUACACAACGGAGAGCAAUCAGCAGCCCGGCAAGUACAGGCACAAGCUUGAGACGUAUCGGCCAUCAGCUGCCGAGUUUGAAAAGUCCGUACACAAGCAUACAAUACUACGCACCUAUAUAGAGCAGAAUCGUCAGGGAACGGGCGAUGAGCAGCAACAGAAGCAGGGAACGGCAGCGGCAGCGGCAGAGUCCACCGAAUCAUUAAGCACCACCACACCGGCAGCAAAGCGAGGCUGGAGUCUGUUGACGUGGCGUGGCUGAAGAGCCACUGCCGGCGACAACGAUGACAGCAAUUUCAACACUGCCACGCCCCCAUAAUGCCACUCAAUGUAUUAGCCCAGCGCCUGUAAUUACUACUAUGUAGUACCAUCAUUAUAUAAACCAUAACCACACAUCGCUGCCUCUAUGGAUAUCUAACCAUCUGUCUAACUAACUGCCACGUCACACAGAACUUUUGCUUAGUCCUUAGCGAAUUGUACAAGUAGACUCUUAUUUAAAUUGCCAUAUGAUAUACAAUUUCACAUAUCGUUUAUUAUAAAGAUUAGUUUUUUAAACAUUUUCGGACUCCCAUUAAUUAUAAAUUAUAAAUUAUUUAUACUGUCAUUUGAAAAAGACAUUGUUCACGAAUUUCUGCCAAUUCCAUGUGAAUCUUGCUGCAUGUUAUCCAUCAUCAGACCCAGCCGAUCAUGCCCCAAACGUAUAUUUGUAUCAAAUGUUUCUCGUUUUGAGCAUUCUAACGAAAAAGUCCACCAAUCGGCAUAUACCACCAAUCAGCUAGUUGUACAGAGAUCUGUGUUCAUGCAAAUAAAACUAGCAACAAUAUAUUGUAA